AUGGGAAUUCAGAAAGACAGAGUGAAAUUUAAUGUCGGAGGCAAGAUCUUCGAGACCACGGCGACCACUCUCGCCCACGCCGGCCGGAACUCCUACUUCGGCGCCAUUUUCGACGGCGAUUGGAAUCUCUCCGAUUCCUGCAAGGAGGAGCACUUCAUCGACCGCAACCCUGAUUGCUUCGCCGUUCUCCUCGACCUCCUCCGCACCGGCUAUCUCCACGUUCCCCCCACCCUCUCAGAGAAGCUCCUUUUCCGAGAAGCCGCUUUCUACGGCCUCCUCGACCACGUUCGCACCGCCACACGCGGCCAAUUCGACGGCGACAGGCUAAGAUUCUCCCGCUCCGUCGCCGGCCAGGCCCCCGGCGACGGCACCGCCAUCCGCGGGGCUCCCGACGGCGGCUGCGCCGUCGCGCACGGCAGCGUUGUCCACGUGUACGAUUGGAAUUUCGAAGAACACCCCACGAUCAACUUCGAUUACCAGCGAAUCAACGACGUCGGGUGGGCCGACCCGGGAACCCUCGCCGUCGCCGCCUGCGAGCGCCUGAAUCGCUCGGGAGCCAGCGCCGGCGGCCUAGCCCUGUUCUCCGCUGGCAGCGGCAUCCUCCGACACCGGUUCCAAGUUGCCCAUGAAGAUCAAUUCAAGACCUACACUGCAGGGGCUUUGAGUUUCAGCUCAGAUUACAAAAUUUUUUCCAGCUGUAAGGGAAGGAGUAACGAAUAUGGAAUUGGAGUGUGGGAUCUAAUCACCGGAAAACAAAUUGACUUCUAUUAUGAGCCAAUUGGGUGGUCAUUGGGUGAGGCAGAUAGGGUUCAGUGGCUAAAUGCCACCAAUUGUUUGAUGGUUGCAACUCUAUUUCCCAGAAAGGAUGACUGUUACAUCAGUGUUUUAGAUUUCAGGGAUAAGAACAACAUGGUAUGGUUUUGGUCGGACACUGGAGCUCCGGCAUCGGACGACAGGCGGGUACGGGAUGCUGUGGCGGCAGAGGAGGGGAUGUCAAUUUGUGUGGUGAAUGAGUAUGAAGAUUUAGGGUUUAUGGAUUUAAGGAGUAGUGCAGGGACUGUGAGGUGGUGCUCAAGAAGUAGGCUGGUCAUGAAGGGGAAGCUGCCGGAGGAGCCGUGUUAUCCAAAGCUGACAUGGCACGAAGGAAAGCUAUUUUCGUCUAUGAACGACAGUAUUUCGGUGUUUUCUGGGCCAGAUUGGGUGCUGACGUCAAGGCUACGUCGGAGCUAUGGCGGCUCGAUUUGUGACUUUUCGAUUGGUGGUGAUAGGUUAUUUGCUCUUCAUAGUGAGGAGAAUGUGUUUGAUGUGUGGGAGACUCCUACAGCGGCUAUAAUCUGA